GACAACACGCAGCAACAGCAACAGUUAUUAGCGGUAGCAGCAGUAGCUAGCCGAGGAAGUAGCGGCGGUAUCUCGUCACAUCCUACCUCGUUCCGUUCCCGUUGUGCCAACGAAGCGAGAACUGCUUGCGCGGAUUGCCUCUCAGCCCGGUGAAAGCGACAGCGAGCGAGUGCUCGCUAUGCUCGCUAUGCUCGCUAUGCUCUUCCGCGCUCGCGGAUCAAAUUGUAGACGUUUAAUUAUACCGUGCGUAAGCUGUGUGCCCUGUUUUGUUUUUCACCAGUCGAUCGCGGUACGCGGAUGCACUACGAUGACGCGGUAGUUUGAUCAUGACGGUACGACGAUCGGUGUGACGAAAAAUGAUCAGCUAGUGAGAACGAAUUCUCGACGAUCAUGUGGGACUUUCCUGUAAAUUCGUCCUUCAAAGCCAGUAGGACGAGAUGGUCCUACGAAUGGUACUCGUCGUCCGAGAAUCAGACGCAAAGUCAAGACACACUCUCCAGGAUGCGUUCUUCCGUAACGGCGCAAGACGAUGCCGCGGCGCAACAGCGUGCAACGAGCUAUCGCCAACAACGAUCUUCUUGGCAACAGGAUAGCCGUUCACCAUCAUGCGAAGUGAGCAUAUCAUCCGCCCGCGCGUCGGUGAUGGUGUAUGACGACGUGAACAAAAAAUGGAUACCGAGUGGUAGCUCGUCCGGUCUGUCCAAGGUCCAGCUCUAUCACCAUCAGGUGAACAAUACGUUCCGUGUGGUCGGUAGGAAGUUGCAGGACCACGAGAUUGUCAUCAACUGCGCGAUCCUCAAGGGACUCAAGUAUAAUCAGGCCACGGUCACGUUUCACCAAUGGCGAGAUAACAAGCAAGUCUACGGGCUUAACUUCUCCAGUAAGGACGACGCCGAUGCCUUCGCACGGGCAAUGCUCCAGGCACUCGAUGUACUGAGCAAUGGUAGCAACAUAUCAAGAAGCCUCGCUCCGACAACCACCACAAUUACUCAACAGCAACCCGUCUAUCAGCAACAGCAGCAGCAGCAACAACAGCAACAGAAUCAAGCAACUGCUCAAUACGAGGAGGACAUGGGAUACAGUCAAGGUCGUAACGCGCGGAUCUCCUUGUCCCUGAGCCAUCUGCCUACAGGAGGCCAGACGGCCCUGCCCGUAGGCUCAGCCAUCACAACCCCCGAACAUCAUACGACCGUUAGUGGUGCUGUUGGCACCGUUAUUCAAAUGGGCUGUGCGCGUGGCUCACCGAGCGAUGGACACUCGAGAACCAUGACCAGAGAAGAUGUAGCAAUAAUUCAGGAACGCAGAAUGUCCCAGCAGAGCCAAGCAACUGGAAGUCCCAAUCCUAUAUCACCGAGUUGCCCGCCUACUGCACAACAACAGCAGCAGCAGCAGCAGCAGCAGCAGCAGCAGCAGCAGCAGCAGCAGCAACAACAACAACAACAGCAACAACAACAACAACAACAACAACAAUCUGGUCACCAUCGAACUUCAUCAGCACCGCCGGCACCGCAGCCACCGCAACAACAGCAAACAGCAUUACAAACUAUGCAAGGCGGUAUAGCAUCAACUAUUACGCAAAUAUCAGCUGGACCGGGAGGUCCUCCGGUACCGCCGCCCCAACCGCCAAUCGCACCUCCCGCUCCACCAUGCCCGCCAACGAUAAUGAACUUUAACUCGUCUGCGGCACCAGCACCACCGAUGAUGAUGAAUCAGUACGCACAAUCGCCGUCGUCCCAGUCGAAUCUUGCAAAUCAACAAUCCCAAUCUAUUUACGUUACUAAUCAGGCAAAUCAGUAUGGUGCCGCGUCUACAAGCAAUCAGUACGCAAGUGCUGCUGUUGCCAACAGUGGUGGCGGCACUGGAGGCAGUGCAAUCACCGUUGUGGGUCAGAGCCCGAAUCAAUUUCCGCCGUCCGGCAGUCAGAACAAUUUUUACGGUACUAACAAUCAGACAAGUAAUUACACUACCGGCGGACAAGUUAAUACAGGCCAAUACAGCCAAUCAGUUGGCAAUCAAGCCACGCAAUAUGGUGGCGGAGGUAAUCAGUAUGGAAGUAAUAACUCGAUAAAUCAGUAUGCUGCCGGUCCGCUACCCGGUCCGACAAGUCAAUACGCAGUUGCGCAAUCCAGCCAAUCGCAAUAUGGUACCAAUAUCGUGUCUCAGGCGCAAGCACAAUACGGUAGUACCGGCCAGGUACAAGCGGCCACUACAGGUACCACAAAUCCAUAUGGAACACCAUCAACUUCGGUAAAUCAAUACGUUACCAGUGGACACCAUACGAUGGUUAGCGGCAACACUUAUGCUCCUAUUGUUAGUGGCGGACCUCCGCCACCUCCGAUGGUAUCCCUGGUCGGAGCUGCCGCACCACCUCCACCACCACCGCCACCUGUACCUAACACUAACAGUUCCGCCACUGCCGUCUCCGGUUCAUCCAUCAGUUCUUCGAAUGAUCCUCCACCUGACACCAACUCGUUAGCCGCUGCCCUUCAAGCACGUCUUAAGAAGAAACAGCAACAAUCACAGCCAGUAGAGAACAGUGGUUCGAGCACCAGCAGUAGUAGUAGCAACUAUGGUACUUUAGGACGGGGUGGAGGCAGCGGAAUGGCUUCCAUGAUGGAUGAGAUGGCCAAAACUCUGGCACGUCGACGGGCUGCUGCCGAAAAAAAACAACCCGAACAACCACCGGAACCGGAAAGUUCACCAGACAAGAAGUCUUGGGAUAAGAAUAAUGCGUCGAAUAAUAAAUUCUCUAAUGGCGCCGAGUCACCAAAAUCAGUACGCAAGAGAUUUGGUUCGGCCUCGGAGGACACCCUUCUCAAAGUAAAUGGAGUUAAUGAUGGGACUUCACUGACUGCGCAAGAGAUGGAGGCCUUCAAAGUGGAAAUAAUUAAAGAAGUGCGGAAAGAGUUUCAGAAGAUGAAGCAAGAAAUUAUCGAUGCUGUAAGAACAGAACUGAACAAAAGAUAAAGAAGACGAUAAAAAAAAAGAUAAAUAACACAAAAUCGAACUGUCAAAGCCAGAAGGAAUGAGACAAAAGUUAAGGAGAGUUGUGUGACUAGAUUGCUCGAUAUCGAACAUUUUUAAAAACCACGUAUGAUUUUUAGAAUAUAUUUACAAGAAUGUAAAUAUAUGGUUACAUUCAUACAUGUCGGACAUUUACGUGUAAGUAAAUUAAUCUUAGUGUCUUAAGUGGGGCCGUAAUCUUUUCGUUAUUUACUAUACGAUGAAUAAUUGUAAACGAAACGUAAUCGUAACGAAACGUUGAAUCAAUUGAGUUUCAUUUAUUUUAGUUUACGGGAGAAUCGAUUUUUUUACACAAAGGAUAACCUCUUUUGUAGAUUCUGAGCGAGAGAAAUAUACUUCAAUGAGAAUAUGUAAAAUAAAUGCACGCACAAUGAAAUAUACUAUUAUAUUGCUUCGUAGUUUAAAGGGAUAUCGAUAAAGACCAAAAAUGGUGUACUAUUUAUAAUAUAAAUAAUAUCAAUUUCUAUAC